UGAACCCCUGCCAAGAAGAUUUCUCCAUGCAGGGUUCAGUAAAAGUUCAUGAAGUCCUCCACAAACUUAAAGUCCUUGAGAUCCGGCUUCACAGAAUUCAGGAGAACAAUGUGAUGAGUGCACCGAGAGAUCCAAUACAGGGAGCUUUCCUUUUUCAAAGAUCAUUAGAAGGACAGAACCAGGGACGGACUGGCCAUUGGGCAAUGUGAGCAAAUGCCACUGUGGCUGCCUGGUCAUGCGGCUGCCACCAGGCAGCAUCACAAACAAAUAAAUAAAUGAAAAUAUAAAGCGGGGCGGAGCAGCCGCAUCAAUAGACGGCCGCAAAUGAUUAGGCUAAAUAAAUAAAUAAAGCGGACCGGCUGCGUCAACAGGUGGCCGCAAAUCAAUAAAUGAAUAAAUAAAAAUAAUAAAAAAAUAAAGUGGAGCUGAAGGCGCCCACAAAAAAGAGGGAAAAAAGCAAACAAAAAAAACAGCCUGUUAACUGUAACAAAUAAUAGGCCUACUCAACUAAACAAUGAUAAUGACGUUUUUUAUUUUUCCUGUAAAGGACAUAUAGCGUGAAUUUAUCUAAUGUCUAAUCUAUUAUAAGGUUUUUUGGAUGUUUUUCGGUCGUCAGUGGAUUUUCUCGCGAUUGUUGACCUGGUGAGAUGACGGGUCAAAUGACAAUUGAAUGAUGGGUAAUGCGAACAGGUCAACAACACGGAAUGAAAUAAAAUGGAUCGAGGAGGGAGAAAACGGCGAGUAGAAAAGGGUGGAGCAGAAAAAAAAGAGAGAAGAAGCAUAAGGCUUUAUUGGCUGAAUCUGGGAAAAGUGCAAAUAUUGUGGAGUUAUUCUCUAAAAAGCCUGUGCCCGACGAUGUGCCCAGCAGCGCUCCUGCUGCUAGCACGAGUGAUAAAGGUGACAUGAUGGCAGACAAGAGUGGGAGCAGGUCUGAAGAGGAAAAAGAGGAGGAAUUAGUGGAGGAAGAGUCAGCAACACAGACUGUAGGCCAAGAAAUGGACGCUGCCGUCACACCUGCACCUGCUAUUGCAGCCACAAGUAGAGAAACAGCUGCUCCAGUGACAGAGGUGAUCCAGAAUGAAUGUAAUUAUUUCAAACGUCCAAAAUCCAACACACUUGAAUUAUUUUUCAAGUUUCACCCAAAUCAGCCUUCUGACGCACAAGAAUCUGUCAAGAAAUCAUACAGACAUAAAGAUGGAUCACAAAGAAAAUGGGUGAGUUAUGAUGCUGAGAACCACUCAUUAUUUUGUGCAGUUUGCAUGGCAUUUUCUAAAAAGACAGACACAAGUGCCUUCAUUCAAGGAUGUAAGGAUUGGAGACACAUUCAUCAGAGGCUCAACAGUCAUGAAAACACACAUAUUCAUCUGGAAUGUGUGAAUGCUUAUCUUUCAUGGAUAAGUAAAGCAGACAUCCCUAACCUGCUGGAUGCAAAUAUGUCAGCUCGCAGAGAACAGGUGCAGAAGAGGCAACAAGUCCUACAGCGUGUCAUUGAUGUUACAAAAUUGAUAGGCAAAUGCGCACUCGGUUAUCGUGGAAGUAAAAAUGAGGCAGCUCACUCAUUAGCAGACAUGUCUGUGGAUCAUGGGAACUUUCUUGAAAUUCUUCUGCUUCUCAGCAAAUAUGACAGCUGUUUACAGCAGCAUGUUCAAGACUGCAUCCAAAAAAGCCAAUCAAGCACUGGCAAAGGAAGAGGCUCACGAGUGACAUUAAUGUCCAAAACUACAGUAUGUUCUGUUUUGGAGGCUAUCCGGCAACUCAUCAAGGAAACAAUUGCAACUGAAGUAAACCAGGCUGGAAUGUAUACUGUACAGAUAGACACAACCCAAGAUAUAACAUCAAAAGAUCAGUGCAGUGUUGUAGUCCGCUACGUAACAGAGAGCAGCAUUCAGGAGAAGCUACUUGCAGUUGUUGAAUGCAAGUCAUCAACAGGGGAGGACUUUCUUAAACUGCUCAAGGAGACGUUGGCCACUUGCAAACUUGAUGUGAAGAACUGCAUUGGAAACUCAACAGAUGGGGCUGCAAAUAUGCAGGGGCAAUACAGAGGGUUUUCUGCCUGGCUGUCAAAAGAAGUCCCAACCCAAAUGCAUGUAUGGUGUUAUGCCCAUGUUUUAAACCUGGUUAUGUCUGAAACCACAGGUGUUGUGAUAACAGCAGCAUCAUUAUUUGGGUUGAUUAAUGAGACUGCAGUGUUUCUUCGUGACUCAUAUCAGAGAAUGAAUGUUUGGGAAGGUGUGAGUCAGGACCCCCAACACAGAAGAAUUUCACUGAUUGGGGAAACAAGAUGGUCUUCAAAGGAUGCUGCAUUAAAGAAGAUCUUUGGAUCCUUUGCCCAGCCAAAGAAUGCUUUGUAUGUGGACUUAGUUGAAACAUUGUCCAAAAUUCAGGACAACUUACAGUUUAAGCCAGCUGUACGUGCCUUCAUUGAGUCACUCAUUAAAUAUGAGACAGUUCUCACUGCACAGUUGUUCCUGCGUGUUUUCACACUCACAUCGCCUUUGUCAAAGUAUCUCCAAACCAAUACCAUGGAUCUCUUGACUGCCCAUCGCAUGGUGACAGAAACACACAACAAACUACAAGAAUUUGUCAGAGAGUUUGACACAGUGAAAGACGUGGCAGACAAUUUUGUGAAAUGGGCCAAUGGUGGAUUCCAAAAUGUGGACUCUGAAAUGGAAGUGCAGGCUGCACUGCCACCAAAACGCAUGAAAAAAAGGAAAACAAUGCCAGGAGAGUCUGCCGAUGAAGAAAACACAACUGCAGACUCAUUGACAGCCUACAGGAUCAAUGUUCACAACAUCAUUCUUGAUACAGUCUCUGAGUGUAUGCACCGCCGCUUCCUGCAGCACGGGAAACUCUAUGCUGACUUAUCGUUACUAGAUCCGCUUCAUUUUCCAGAGAUAAAUUCAAAUGGGCUUCCCCACAAUGCACUUGAGGACAUCGGUAAAUGCCUCAUUCCUUUUGAUGAAGAUGCAACAGUUGAAAAUUGACAAUCUGAGUUGUGCAGCCUGGCCCUCCACUGGGACACUAUUAAAAAGUCCCCUCUCAGUGAGUAUACAACCAGAGAGUCACAGUCUCUUACCUCUGAGGAAGAAGAGGACAAUCAGGAGGACAUGGAGGAAAUUGAUCUUGUUCGCAAAAGAUGCACAGCCUGCAGGAACUGUGCUGUGUGUUGCUACUUCCUCCUCCAGCAGCUGAAGUUCUUCUCACAUGCGUACCACAAAAUACAGUUGGCCUACAAAUAUUUGUUGACCCUGUCCUGCACACAAGUGGCAUGUGAAAGAAGCUUCUCGACACUUAAGUUCAUUAAGAGUCGUCUCAGGAGCAGAAUGCGAGAGGAAAAUUUGGAAGCCUUCAUGUUAAUGGCAACGGAGAAGGUCCUCGGAUGAUGUGAUUGAGUGGCAGAGAAAAGCAAAUUAUUGCGCAACCUGCUACUGUAACUACAUAAAGGUAAAACAUUUAUUUUUUUCAUGUUCUGGUUACGUAAGCUAUACUAUUAUGCUAUGUGGCAGUGUAAUGUUUAUGUUUCUGUUGGUUGCAGAUGACGAAGAAGACGAAUGUGGCCUCUCUCUGUCAAAGUUGCCAGGGCCUCUUUUUGGUGCCAGUCCGCCACUGCAGAACACCACCUCAAAAAAUACUGGGCUCUUCUAGUAACACCAUCAUAACCCUUCCUGGGUACCAUGGAGAUAAACAGUUUAAUGACAAGCCAUAUGAUGCUUUUAUUUGUUCAUGACAUUCCACAUGCAUGCAAAUACUCACAUCAUCAGGGGGAUCCAGGGCCAUGGUCAGGCUUUCCUCUGCUCUUCUUGUUGUGCUUGCUGUUGUUACCGGCUAAAAUAAACAGUUAAGUAAUCAAAUGUUCUGUAGUAUACAACACAUUAUUUAUUCCUAAACUUUAGGAAAAGUGACAUUAAAUCACAUAUCUAAAUAUUGAUUUAUCCAUCUUUAACACCUUGAAUUCUUGUGGCCAAUGAUGCACAUACCCUUUGAAGAUGAGCAGGGAAGUUGAAGAUUCUUGGCACUGUCGCAGCUUUAAGUCUGACAGUCUGCCCUGUCCUGUCAAAAUCUUCUUUUACAAAGUGUUGACUGCAGAGCAGUGACCUGUCAUUUACCGUGAAACCAUUUUUCAAAACGAAAAGCUGCGAUUUCAACAUUUAGCCUGAAUCAUAGCCACGUUAAUCAGGUUUGUAAUAAACUAAACCAUUUGUAAAUCAAUCAAGAAUUGAGCGAGUUACGAGUGUUAAAGUGAGGAAAUCAUCCACCUUACCAUUGACUACAGUACAACACGCCAGAGCAGUCCCCUGUCCUAAGAUGGCUGCCAAGUGACGACGCUGCCGACUCCUCCUUGAGACAUCUAGGCUGAAUCCCAAACCGCCCCCUUCAACAUUUAGCCUGAAUCAUAGCCACGUUAAUCAGGUUUGUAAUAAACUAAACCAUUUGUAAAUCAAUCAAGAAUUGAGCGAGUUACGAGUGUUAAAGUGAGGAAAUCAUCCACCUUACCAUUGACUACAGUACAACACGCCAGAGCAGUCCCCUGUCCUAAGAUGGCUGCCAAGUGACGACGCUGCCGACUCCUCCUUGAGACAUCUAGGCUGAAUCCCAAACCGCCCCCUACACACUCUCCCUCCACUACCGAGUGUCACUCUAAAAGAAGUCACACUCGCAGCUGUGGAGGGCACCUAUUAUUGAAGGGGGAGGGUAUUAAUACGAUCGUCAGGAAUGGGACGCCCUGUCGCCUCACCGGAAAACGGAAGACGUCAUCGCCAUGGUAACACAAACACGCCUACUGUGCAUGGCUGUUGCGCUGUGGGACAGGUUGCAACUAACAAGGAUCGCUGCUGCUUCCAGAAGACGAAAGCAUCCCACUUUUUUCACUCACAUUUUUUCCAAUCCUAUUAUCUGGCAUUUCAAAUCCAACAAAUGAAUAAAUGAAUUCUGUCAGUUGUGUUCAAAUUUUAAGGUGUCAGGGGGUGCACAAUUAAAUCAAACAUCAGCAGAGAAGAAGAUUUGUUUCUUUUGUUUUAUCUUUUUUCACCACUCUUUUUGUGAUGUUCUGUCAGUGUGAAAAAGGCGUGGGAGAAAUAAAGGACGCAUGUGGAACUCACAUCAAUAUGUUUGUUUCCUCCUCCAUUUCGACGUUGCACUUCCUGAAAAAGUUGUCCAGAGUGAGCAUCGAUGCAGACUCGCUAUUUAAGGGCUGAACAGUCCACUCCCCCUCCGCACUACGUGGUUUGGGACGGCCCUUAAUAUGGAGGACCCUCCGCGGGAACGCGCAAACGGAGGGGUAGUGUGUAGGGAUAGUGUGUAGGGGGCGGUUUGGGAUUCAGCCCUAGUGUUUGUAUAUAUCUAUGUCUACAAUAAAGCAAUCAUGUGUUUGGACACCUGAUGUGGGUGUUUAACCAAAUGGCUCAUGGGUGUGGUGAUUUGUCCAUCAGUGCUGUGGAAUUGCAAGGAAGUGACAUCGUGAUAUACGUCUGUGUCUAAUGUAUACAAGUGUGUUUAGUGUUUUGCAAAUGACUGUGUGUAUUGUUCUGCAAAAAGUGUGAGGCUGACUUUGUGUUUCUAGUGGUGAAAAUCUGGUCCCGUCUUUUCCUCCUUGAGUGUAAGGUAUUGAUAAUUAUGUGAUUCUUUUGUUUUUAGUGUUUAUGCAAUCAUAAAAAAACUGUAAAAAGGAAAAUAAAUUGCAUUAAUAUCAUCAAUUGGUUUCAGCGGGUUAAAUCUUGCAGUACGCAAAGGUCACAUUUAAUAUAACUCAAUAAUCAAAUAAAACUGUGAGAAAUAUAUUGUAAAUAUAAUCUAUUAUAAUAAUUAAACAUCAGACCCAAAUAAAUGCAUCUUUUCCUGCUUAUUUGGUAACUGUGUAUUUGCCUUGUUUUUUCCUAUAGAAGGAGUUAUUGGUGGGUAGGUGUAGGCAAAGGCUAAGGCAAACUUAUUUAUAUAGCACAUUUCAACAACGAGGCGAUUCAAAGUGCUUCAUGUUUGUUUUCAGGUCCUUUGAAGAAACUGCUGAGAAGUCUAGUUAUGCAGGUUGCCUUUUACAGUUCUAAUUAAGGUUAAUUAAGAUGAAUUAGAUCAAUUAACCAUGGUAAUAUCCUUUCCUUUUCUAGGAUUAACUUUGAAUUAACUUGAAUGACUGCUUUUGUUUUAUAUGAUACUGGUACGUGUAAGAAAUGACUUCUACCUGUAUUUUAUGUUUUCAUCUCAUUAUAACUCUGUACUGUUCUCAGAGAAUUACCACACAGCACAACAGGAUGGAACUGAUAAAAAUGUAAUUAAAAUCAAAACUGCAAAAGCAUUUGAAAAUUCAGCUUUGUAAUGGAAAUUGUCUUUGAAAUAGUGUUUUGACAUAUGAUGAAUUCUGGUAGCAGUCUGUUAUAAUUGGGUUAUAUUUUUUUAACUUGUCAUCACAAUUUUGACAGUUUUGACACCAUUUAAAAGGUAUUUUGUAUGUUUAACUGGAAAUUAUAGUCUGCUGUCUCACACUGACCACAAAUCACAAGACAUGGUUUGUCUUUUUUUUUUUUAAUUUCAAUAGAAUUUAACUUUGAAAUUGUUCGUCAAAUUUUCACUAUUUUAUUGUCCCGUCCUGCUUACAGAUACUCUUGUUACCACAGCAAUGAAAUCUCAGUCUUAUGUUUGUUAUAGUAUCAUUCUGAGCUGUAAAGUUAUUAUUCAGGUCAUGUGUAGCAUGUGGUGUUUCAUAUUUUUUAGCAAUGAAGAAAAAUCCCAUCAAAUUGUCCUGUCGUGUUGAUAGGACUUUUGGCUCAGACUCCAUGCAUUUCAUCGUGGGUCAUGUCCAUUAAACGAGUGAUAACAUAUAUUUAGCUGUGAGUGUGCAAGGGCUAUCAUAUCAAAAUGCAAACUAGAGGCAUAUAGCAAGUUAAAAAUACCAAAAAGAAUUGGUCAUCUCAGGUGGUACCGAUAUCUGAAAUUUUGGGUCCUGGCCCAAGGACUAUCAGACGUAGUCGCCGUUGCCCGUGACUACGAUGAAGAUAGGUCGCUACUCUGAAGAGCUAAUGUCCAAUCGAUGUGUUUCUCCGGAUUCUUCCUGAUUUUUUUCUUCCAUGUCCCUUCUGGGGCUCCGUAAUUUUGAGUGCUUUCAUGGAAAUUUUAUGUCUUUUUGUUUUUUUUAAAUGCAUUUUUAAAAGUGAUUUUUGCACUUUUUUGUGGUGAUUUUUUUCAUUUUUGUGGGGUUAUUUCAUGUUAUUGGUUGUGGAUUUGACUCUGUACAUAAAUUUAAACCAAAUGUUCAGACAUGUUGGGGUGUUCCCAACCAGCAGGAGUUCUCAAACUGAUGCAGACAUCAAUGUGUUUUAUCAGUAAAUAUUGUUUUUGUUUGUCAGACAGUUCUAAACAUGAGUUGUUCUUAUCAUCUGUCAAUCACUACCUGUGAUCUGAUCUGUCUAGCAGAGGGGAAAAGAUUUAAAGUGAAAUAAAGUUCACCUGAUCCACUUUGAAGAAACCAGAUGCUAGAAAUGUUCAGAUGUUUCUUAAAUGCAGCAUUAAAUGAGACUGAGAGCAGACAUGUUGAGGGAAAUGUGCAUCCGUGUGAUCUCUGCUGAUGUUGGUUCUGUCCCAGUGAUUCCAUUCUAGGGAAUGUUAACUGUCAGGGAUUUACAGCCUGAUGGGAGCUUCUGGUUUCAUAAAGCACAGGGUUUGUACAAGUUGUGUUGGAUAUUGAGUGACAUGAAAAAGGUUGAAUGUUGAAAUAAUCGGUCACAUGAAAUGAGUGGGAAUCAGCCUGUAGAAUGUGCUCUUAUUGUGAAAGUCUGCCUGCUGCUUCC